AUGCCCACACCUGCAUCCCCAAUGCAUGCAUCUGCGGAAAGCAAGACACUUCACAUUCUUACAUUGGGAAACAAUGAUGGCAUAUUGGGAGACCACAAUUCGCUUAUUCCAGUAUCGUUAGAAUCGCAAAGUAGACCAUCUCAAACUCACGCAAAUCGCAAUGGAUACAUCGUCUCUCGUGCAAGCCGACCCAAUUCACCAUUUCGAAAACCACCAGCUACAACGUUUGGCUUGCAGUCGAUUAUUGACUCGACUAAAAUAGGUGCAAAUAACAGAUCGUUACUAAAUGGAGCAAUGCCCCGCCCAUCCAAUAUAGCAAUCAAUAUCAUCAAAGCAAAAUAUGUGAGCAAAAAUAAACUAGCUCACACCUUUGGUCGCGCACAUUUGACACAACCAGCGACUCGAUCACAAUUGUCCAGUCAAAGUAUUUUACCCAUGAGAAUAUCAAACUCUGUGGGUUUGGCAAAAACAAGUACGUCUUCUACUGCAUGGACCGCUCAUAAUUCCAAGCAAGCUUCAAAAUCAGAUUGUCCGAUCCUAUCUUCACUAGCAUCUGCUAAAUUGAAAUGCCCAUUACGAACAUUGACAGAUAUCCACGCAGUACACCGUUUCAAUCAAAACAAAGAGAUGCAUAAAAAGAAUGGAUCUGAACGCAUUGGCUUGUCUUUAUCUAGCAAACAUGUUCAUGCGUAUCCUGUCGGAUCGCGGAUUGUUAACUGCUAUAGCAAAUACAGAUCCAACUAUAGUAAUGAUACUAAAAGUGCCAGCAAUGUUCAAACGGUUGCCGUUAUGAUUAAAGGUUUGGGGCUAACAUCACGACCAUCAACAGCCUUUAAAUCAGUGCCGAUUUUACAGUUAUCGGCUGGUACCUUUCAAUCUUUGCCUGAUAUUAUCAUUGAAAUUGAUGAUGAUAAAAACAUAGCUAAACCUCCAACUUUAGAUACCUGUGAUGAUGAUCCUGCUUUGCCCAACCAAAAUUCCAGAAAAAGCGUUACUCAAUCAUAA